UGGGAGCUGCUGCACGAAUGGGGAAAUACAGUUCAUGCUGGUGGCGGGGAAGCCAGUGCAGGGCCAAGGUUCCCACGCUGUGCCAUGACAAGCCAGCCUAGUCGUGGCUUUAUUCAUCCCAGUAUCGCAGUAUCCGGCAUUUGCGAUUGGAACCUUUACAGACGGGGAAACUGAGGCUCGGGGAAUCACAGGAAUACUUCGCUCCACAAGAGUAGAAGCUGAAACCGCCGAUUUGUUCCUUGCCCACAGAACUGACAGAUGGAAAACUACAAUUCCCAGGAUGCGAUGCGGAAGGCAGGAACCGGAAGUUGUGCGGGGCGGGACGAAACUGCUCCUCCCUUACUGUCUGGUUGCAGCGUGAGGUGACGGCGUCAGAGGACCAAGGACCAAGUACAUGGAGUGGAAGUUGGAAGGGAGUACCCAGGAAACACAGCCAACUGUUCUGCAGGAGCAGGAAGGCGUCCUGGAGGGCACAGAUGAAGAUGGGGUCUCCGAAAGCUUCCAGCUUCUGCAGAUUGACGUGGGAUGUGAGCGCCAGGGGGAAGAGACUCCAUCCACGGGCAGUGCGUCAUGGUGCUCAAAAAAUGUCCAGAGGAAACAGAGACAUUGGGAAAGAAUAGUUGCAGCCAAGAAGAGUAAAAGGAAACAAGAAAAAGAAAGAAGAAAAGCCAAUCGUGCAGAAAAUCCAGGCAUCUGCCCCCAGCACAGCAAACGUUUUCUGAGAGCCUUAACCAAAGAGAAGCUUUUGGAAGCCAAACGCUCAGGACCAAGACUGUGUAUUGAUUUGAGUAUGACCCACCACAUGUCAAAGAAGGAAUUGAGUAGGCUGGCUGGACAGAUCCGCAGGUUGUACGGGUCAAACAAAAAGGCUGCCAGGCCGUUCUGGAUCUGCCUCACUGGCUUCGCAACAGACAGUCCCCUCUAUGAAGAGUGUUUGAGGAUGAAUGAUGGAUUUUCUGGUUACCUGCUAGACAUAACAGAAGAAGACUGCUUUAGCGUCUUUCCUCUGGAAACACUUGUCUACCUGACUCCGGACUCCGAACACGCUCUUGAAGAUGUUGAUCUCAGCAAAGUUUACAUCCUUGGGGGACUUGUGGAUGAAAGCGUCCAGAAGAAAGUAACACUUCAGAAGGCUCGGGAGCACUCUGUUAGGACGGCCCGCUUGCCGAUCCAGGAAUACAUGGUCCGAUGCCAGAAUGAGAAAAACUAUCAUUCAGAGAUCCUGGCCAUCAACCAAGUGUUUGAUGUCCUGGCUGCUUACUCUGAGAUUCACAGCUGGCCUGCAGCACUGGAGAAAGGCGUGUCUUCGGGGAAAGGCUUUGUGCUGCGCAAUGCUGUGGCGUGAUGGGC